AACCUCCGAGCCACUUACAGGAACUUCAGGCUUAGCUGGUCCAAUGACUUUAAUGAAACAGGAUUUCAGUCGGGGACUUCCAUCACCAUCCGAGCUGUGCAUUGCUGGCAUGGACAGCAGCAGAGGGAAGGAAAAAGCUGUGUUGGAAUCCUUGGCAGGAGGAGACCCCCAGGAGGAGCCUGUCAAAAAGCCCACGGUUAGGCUGAUUAUGCACAGCAUGGCCAUGCUUGGCCGGGAGUUUUGCUAUGCAGUGGAAGCUGCCUUUGUCACCCCGGUGCUGCUCAGUGUGGGGCUGCCCAAGAGCCUCUACAGCCUGGUGUGGCUCAUCAGCCCCAUCCUGGGCUUUGUGCUGCAGCCUGUGGUGGGAUCAGCUAGUGACCACUGCACCUCUGGCUGGGGCAAGCGGCGCCCUUACAUCCUGGCUCUGGGCAUUAUGAUGUUGCUGGGUAUGGCUUUGUACCUCAAUGGAGACAUGAUGGUCUCAGCUUUGAUCGCUGAGCGAGGCAAGCAGCGGACCUGGGCCAUAGUCAUAACCAUGCUGGGCGUAGUGCUCUUUGAUUUUGCAGCUGACUUUAUCGAUGGUCCCAUCAAAGCAUAUUUAUUUGAUGUUUGCUCUCAUCAGGAUAAAGAGAAGGGUCUUCAUUACCAUGCUCUCCUCACAGGUCUGGGUGGUGCCCUGGGUUACCUAACAGGUGCUAUGGACUGGGGGAAUUCUGUACUAGGAAGCUUUUUGGGAUCGGAAUUCCAGGUGAUGUGCAUCAUUGCGGCUUUGGUUUUCCUAAUCUGUCUUACUGUACACUUGUGCAGCAUUCCCGAAGCCCCUUUCAGAGAUGACAGUACAGAAACUAAGCUCUUGUUGAAAGUGGAUGGACCCUCCGAGUAUGGUUCCAUCGAGAGUGUCAGCAAUGGUUAUCUAAAACCAGGAUAUGCUGAAAAAAAGACUUUAUCUGAGUUGGGGAAAUCCACCGAAACACCACAGACACAGGUUCAGACACGGAUGACCAUUAAAUGCCUCCUGAAAGCAGUUUUAAGCAUGCCUUCCCACUAUCGCUGUCUGUGCAUCAGCCACCUCAUUGGGUGGACAGCUUUCCUUUCCAACAUGCUCUUCUUCACUGACUUCAUGGGACAGAUAGUAUACCAUGGAAAUCCUUAUGCGCCACAUAACUCCACAGCUUACCUUACCUAUGAAAGAGGAGUAGAGAUUGGAUGUUGGGGCAUGUGCAUCAAUGCAAUUUCUUCAUCGCUCUAUUCCUACUUGCAAAAAGCUCUUCUGCCUUAUGUAGGAUUAAAGGGACUUUAUUUCAUUGGAUACCUGCUUUUUGGGAUAGGCACUGGGUUUAUUGGACUGUUUCCCAAGGUAUAUUCUACUCUGGCUCUGUGCUCGCUCUUUGGAGUCAUGUCCAGCACUCUGUACACUGUUCCGUUCAACCUCAUUGCAGAAUAUCACAGGGAGGAAGAGAGCCAAAAGGAACAGCAUGGAGGAGAAGCUGAGGCCAUUGGAAGAGGGAAGGGAAUUGACUGCGCGGCUCUCACUUGCAUGGUGCAGCUGGCACAGAUCAUUGUUGGAGUGGGCCUGGGGUUCUUGGUCAGUGCUGCAGGCAGUGUAAUAGUGGUUGUGAUUUGUGCAUCUGCUGUGGCAUUAACAGGCUGUUGCUUUGUUGCUUUUUUUGUUCGGUUUGUCAAAUAGAACAUUGGAUAGAUGAAGGAAGAAAUUCCCAUGGGAACAUUGUCAUUCUUGACCUGUAUCCAUUGGGUGCAAUUUCUAUACUGAUAUUUUAUAGCACCCUCUUCUUUUAUUGGCUGGAGCAGUUAAAAUUCCAGGGCAUUAUUUCUCCACAGAGUGGAAAUAUGUGGUAAAAUUGGUGGCCUCACUUCUCAAGCUGUAAGAUCUCUCCAUGAUUUUCCUUCCUCUGCCCCAAUUUUGUGUUAACAUAUAAGCCACUUUCAUACAUGGCAGUGUAAUGCUCCUCAUCAUUAGUAGUAAUGCUCAUCAUUAGCCAAGCUGGAGAAGAGAAGAGCCGAAAUGUGUAGCAAAAAGAAUGUAUCCAGUAAGGAUGAAAACUGGGGUUACUGAUCCCAAACUCCGAGGAGGUACUUUUAAGAUGGGGGUUCUUAACCUGGGAUCGUGGUCCCAAGGAGGUGUCAAGGAGUCCCACCCAGUGCUUAAUUUGUGCCAGGGCUGAGCCCCGGCACCUCUAGGCUUGGCAGUUCAUAGCCCCGGCACCUCUGAGCUUGCUUCAUCAGUUAUUAAAAUUAAAAAAGUUGCUUGAGCUCCGGCAUCUAAUUGUUUGAGUCCCAGGACCUUCAUUACAGAUUAAGCACUGGUCACAAUCACUGGGUCCUUCCAAUAUUGCCAAAUUGGACAGGGGCUCUGGCUAGAUGAGGAGCAGGAGUUUUAUGGAAAAGUGGAUCCUGGUGUGGAAAAGGUUGAGAAGUCCUGGUUUAAGGUAUAUCCCACUACUGGACAGCUUUAUGGGGUAUGUUGUGCUUAUAUAAAUGUGAAGCAAAAACACUGAACAAGAUUAUCAAACAGGGGUGCCUAGAGAUGGGCUCCUAAAUCCAGACUGAGGUACCUAAAUAGGGAGUCAGUGGGAAACUGCUGGGAGUUGAGCACCUUUGAAAAUCUAGCCACUUGUUUAAAUGUCUAAACAAGAUUUUAAAAAAUCUUGGCCUAAAAUUUGUGAGCCACCUAAAAUGUUCAAGCUGAGUGAUAUGGUACUUGCCUUAACUGAAUGAAUUCAGACCUGUUUGCCCUACUCUUUUGCACAUAAGAGUCUAACUUGGUCAAAUUCUUUUUUUGCUUCUUUCACAGCAUUCAACAGAAUAUUAUUGUAACUUAAUUCAGUUCCAGAAAGCAUUAUCAUAAAUUAUUCCAUAUCCACACCUCAAACCAAUAUAUUAAAUCCUGUAGGCAAACCAGUCUACUUGUAUUUGAGUACGGAGCUUACAUCUUUAUUUUCAUUAAAACACCAGAAUUUGUUACAGGGAACUUCUCCUGAAUCAUUCCAUCCAGAUUCAAGUCAGUUUCAAAUUGGACCAUAAAGGUUAAGAUUAAAGAUAUCUGAAUGAGCUUUAGAGACCUGAUUCUGUAUUUCUUACUAACUGCAGUCAAUGGGAGUUUGGGGUACUUAAGAAAUACUGGACCAGAUCUGUUAUUAAGAUGUAUUCCUGGCUAAAAUCCAAAAGGAGCAUUGAGUUGUUUGCUUCCAAAGUUAGGCAUUUGUUUUUAAAGCGAAGUUUCUUUAUUUGUGGUGUGCAUCUUCUGUUCUGGUGCUGUUCCUAUCCAUGUCCCAUGUUAAGUGCUAAGCCACACGAAUCCCUCUGUUAAUGCAAUAUUAUUACGCAAUCCCACAGUGAGGGAUCAUUGCCAGAUAUUUUUUCUAAAAAAUACGGUACGAUUCUGUCAAAUGUGAUUAGUCAAAUGUGUUAUUGACAUCAUCACACAGCGAAGUACCAGCAAGCAGCAUGAGGUGAAAACCCUGUGCGUGUUGCUCAGUUUUUGAUGUGAGUGCUCGGGUGCUUUUGUAUUGACAUGCCACCUUGAUGUAUUCUUUUAUGUUUUUCGACUCUGCCAAGCGUUUCCCAUAAUGUUAUAAAUCUCUCUUUCACUCUCCCUGUCAUUGUGACGGGGUGUCCACCCCACACAAGGCUGAGCAGCUUGUUGGGCUGCACCUCGGAAACAGUCAAGGCCUGAAAAGCUAACUGAUGAUGGAUCCCAGCUGGG